AUGGAAUUUCUAACAAGUCUGCUUCUUGUCCUAAUCCUGGGAGUUCUGCCAUGGCUCUUCCAUGGCCUGAGAACCAAUCCAUGGCAGAAAAGAUCAGGCAAACUUCCUCCAGGGCCUCGCCGGUUUCCGAUCAUUGGAAACGCUCUCCAGAUCGGCCAAAGCCCCCAUCGAUCACUGGCGAAGCUCUCCAACAUUUACGGUCCUUUAAUGUCCCUCAAGCUAGGAACCAUAAACACAGUAGUUGUCUCCUCGCCGGAGAUCGCCCGGGAAGUUCUCCAGAAGCACGGCCAAGUCUUCUCCGGCCGGACAAUCAUCACCGCCGUCGAAGUCCACGAUCAUCACAGGAUGUCCAUGGCUUACAUCCCACCAGGUAACGAUUGGCGAAAGAUGCGAAAGAUCUGCAGCGAAAAGAUGUUCUUGAAUCAUCGUCUCGACGCCACCCAAACCCUAAGGCGGGAGAAGUUGCAGAAACUCCAUGGCUACGUUCUCGAAUGCUCCCGAGCUCGACGAUCUGUGAAUGUAAGCAAUGCUGCCUGCACAACGUUUCUCAACAUCAUGUCUGCGAUGAUGUUUUCCGUCGAUUGCACGAGCUUCGACUCCGACGGCGCCGCCGGGGAGGUGAAGGAAGCCAUUGAAGGGGUGGGGAGGAUUUUAGGUGCACCAAAUUAUGCAGAUUAUUUUCCAAUUCUGAAGAGGAUUGAUCCACAGGGGAUUCGGAAGGAAGCUAGGGUUUACUUUGGGAAAUUGCUGGAGACGGUGGAGGGGAUGAUUAACCAGAGAAUUGAAUCGAGGGAGAAAGGGAUUGUUAACAGGGACGAUUGGUUGGAGGCACUUCUUGAUUUAAGACAGGGAAGUGAGUAUGAAAUGAGUUUCAAUGAGAUCAAACAUUUACUUGUGGUUUUACUUGUUGGAGGAUCAGUGACAACAACAUUCACAACGGAAUGGGCAAUGGCAGAGUUGCUAAUCAACCCAUCGAAAAUGAAGAAGGCUAAAGACGAGAUUCGAAGCAUUGUGGGAGAGCAGGGACAAGUAGUGCAAGAAUCAGACAUUUCAAGACUUCCUUACCUCCAAGCUGUGAUCAAAGAAAUCUUCAGGCUCCAUCCAGCAGGCCCACUUUUGGUUCCACGAAAGGCAGAAGCCGACGUCGAGGUUAACGGCUACAUGAUCCCGAAGAACACACAAAUACUUGUGAAUGCUUGGGGGAUGGGUAGGGAUCCGAGGAUAUGGUCUGAACCAAGCUCAUUUAAGCCGGAGCGGUUCCUCCUCGACAGUAAUGGAAUCGACUUCAAGGGCCAAGACUCGAGGCUGAUACCAUUCGGAUCGGGAAGAAGAAUGUGUCCUGGAAUGUGGUUAGCUACUCGAAUGUUGCAUACUACAGUGGCAGCCAUGAUUAAUGGCUUUGAUUGGAAACUUGAAGCAGGAAUGAAACCAGAAGAAAAGGCAGAGAUUGAUAGGUUUGGGUCGUCCCUGCAGAAGAACACACCAGUAGUUCCUCUCAUGGCUAUUCCAAUCUCUGUGCAUGACUUUCAAGUCUAAUAUAUAUAUAUAUAUAUAUAUAUGCAUGUGCAUGUGCAUAAAUAAAAAUAAAUAAAAGAAUGAAUAAAAA